AUGUAUACAAACUUAGCAAUACCUCGACAGUGGUCGAGACUGGCGUGUUUCUGUCGUUCACUAACAUCUGUGGAAGGUCAGAAGUUACCACAGGCUGGGAAAUCUAGUGAUGGUAUCUCACCACCACCUCGUAUACCAAGAGGACCGACUGAUAUACUUCAGGCUUUAGCGGCUACUGUUGGAACAGAUCCCACGGCUGCUCAUUACAAAUAUCAUGAUGACCCAUACCUAAUUCCGCUAUCAAAUUUCCGCAAGCGUUCUUACGCUCUGUCAGCUGAAGCAGGCAAAAAAGCAGCUGCUUGGGUGAGAGAUCAACACCCAGAAUUAUUCACUACAAGAGAAUGGGAUCCACCAAUGAAGAUGAAAACACCAUACUUCAAUGCCGACCCUCAUAUAGAAGCUUUUGCUCCAAAACCUAUUUAUAAUGAUGAAACCAAAGUCACAGAGGAAGAUCUAGUUUAUACUAUAAAAAAUGCCUUAUUAGAAGAUGCGGUCAAAGUGUUUGAACUACUUGGAGGUGUUGAUAAUGUAAAUGAAGAACUGAAGCUCUAUUUUCUCCAGUUGAUAUGUUUUUAUAAUGAAAAGGAGCCAGUUUCUAAUGAAUGGAUUGAAGAAAGAUGGUUUUCAACUGCCACUAAGGAAAGACAAGCUACUACCUGGAAACUAGGAGGUCUUGCUGAUAAAAUAUUCACAUCAAUGGAUCCAAAGACCCCAGAGGCUUAUUGCUCUCUAAUAAAGGGCAUGGCUAAAUAUUACCAGGCAGAACGAGCAUAUGCACUUUCUCGGGAAGCUCUGGAGAAUAAUGUCCCACUAUCCACCGAUGUCUACAACUCACUCCUUGUAUGUAUUGGCUUUCUUAAGGAAGGCGUCACACUACGUAUUGAAGCAUUAUUGGAGUUACUGAAUGAAAUGAACCAGCAGGGUAUAACCCCCAACACCGGGACACUUACCUCCUGCCUGCGUUCGCUAUCAGCCUGGGGAGGUGGGAAGACAUUACAAAAUAUGGCGCUUCAGAUUAUUGCUGAAUUCAAGAAUAUUGGAAUAGAACCUAACUUGUCAGCAUAUUAUUACCUACUUUGUCUGUUUUGUAAGGAAAGAGGACCUCGUAUUGAUAUUCUAUCGGGAAUAUUAACGGAACUGGAAAAGAAAGAUACAUUGGAACCAGAAGAUGUCGCUGACACGAGUUUCUUUAUAACCGCCAUGAGUGUAUGCAGUGAACAUUUACAGGAUAUGAAUUUAGCAGAACGUGUCCACAAACUUCUAAUGAAAGGCGACAACUACAAGUUGGUUGGUGACGCAUACAAAGAAAGCAUUUAUUACAGACAUCUUGUUACUGUUGCCUGCAGGCAUGCACCAUUUGAACGAACAAUGGAACUGUUAGACACACUUAUACCAAAUAUCUAUGUUCCUGAGCCAACUGUUAUGGAAGAGAUAAUAAAAGUCUUGGAGUUGGGUGGAGCCGGUGAACGUCUGUCAGAAACAUGGUCUCAGCUUGUUGUGUUCGGACAUGCGAGAAGACUCCGACUGGUCGAAAGACUUUUAGACGCCAUGUGCGCUUGUAUCUCAUAUCAAGACGAGGAAGUAAAAUCAAAAAUACGUAAAUCGGCAGCGGAUAUGCUCAAGUUCUAUCAGAUGGUAGAGGAAAGAAAUGAAAAUGUUACCACUCGGACGCCUGUACAGAAACUGUCAGCGGUGGCGUUAUCAAAUAUAAUAGAUUUAUGUUCAACGGGUGAAGAACCAGAGUCCUGGGAGGCUAUACAGCUCGCAGUUAACGAACUCGGCUCAGCUAGUGGGGCGGGGCGAGCUGAUGUUAUCAGUACUGUUGCUACCACCGCCGCGAAGAAAGGACAACAUGCACUCGCCGCUAGCGCUUUAACUUACUUAGCGGAGUGUGGAUUCCCGGAAGCGAUGUCGGCGAGCGUGGACACGUUGAGUGUGAUGCUGAACAGAUCUACUGAGGAGGUGGAGACGAUGCUACAAGGAACGGACCUCCAAGGAAAGCUGCAAGAAUCAGCUAUGGCCGUAGUACAGGCUUACCGAAUGGCAAAAACCGGUGAACCGUUACGAGAACGUGAUUCAAGUGAAAGUUCCAGCGACAGCGAAUCAUCGUCCGACGAGGAAUAA